ACGGAACACAACACACAUAAACAACAACAACCAAACCACCUUCACUUUUAUUCCCUAGCAAUCAACAAGGAAACAACACAAUGACAGACAACAAGUUCUGGCCCCCCGCCAACGGCCUCACCACCAAAGUCGUCCCGCGCGAAAAAGCAAUCCUUGAACUCACCUACUCCACCCCCGUACACGCGCCCGCACAUCUCGUCUUCGACACCCUCCUCCGCACCGCAAACUACUCCGUCUGGAACACAUGGGUACCGCGCGUGCGCAUCGUUUCCCAGCCUCCAUCUGACUCAGGGUCCAACACCACCGAGGAAGAUGAGUCGCGCAUGCGUGUGGGCACGGAGAUGGAAUUCAACGUAAUCAUGGACGCCUCGAAACCCGAUUCCAUCACGCACACGCAACUCAAGGUCUCGGAUAUCUCGACGCCCGACGCGCCGUCGUCGUAUCUUUCGGCGGAGGAACUGGCGGAUCCGAGUUUUACGGCGGAUCUGAGCAAGGUGUAUCGGGUUGCGUGGAAGAGUAAUGGGGGGAUGAUGGGGUUUGCACCGGUGAUUGAGCGGUUUCAUGAGGUUGUUGUUACGGGGGAGGAUACGUGUGAGGUGAGGAAUUGGGAGUUGAUGGAGGGCAUGGCGGCGAGGCUUGUCAAGUUGUUUAUGUUGGAGACGUUGCAGGGCAAGGUGAGGCUUUGGUGUGAGGAUUUGAAGAAGUAUUGUGAGAGGGUUAGUGCGGAGGGGAAGGCGGGUACUGGAACUGCUGCUGUGUAAGCAGCGUGUAGCGGUUAAUCAGGAAGAAUUUGGAUCGUGUAUGUAAUGCGGAGUUUGGGACCAUCAGACUGUUCUUCAUCACAUGCAGCCUCGUCUCGAGUCUAAACAUGUCGGCAACUGGGAUAAUGAAUGCCGAUCCCCAGCGGGUCUCGCCGUUA